CCGGCAGCCGCUCCCUGCGCCCCGGCCACUCGCUCGCACUCCGAGGGUCCCCGCAGCCAGCCCGCUUCCUCUGCCUCCUCCACCUAGUCCGACGCCCUGGGGACCCCGGCCGCGAGUGGGCGCUGUCACGGAGCGCGCCCCGCCGGCCUCAGCGCCCCAAAGGCGCCUUCCUUGGCCGGAUCAGCGUGGGGCGUCGGCCGUCGUCGCCUACAGGAGCCCCGAGGCCGGAGCGGCGGCGUGGGCACCGCGUCUUCUCGCCUUCCGCCUUCCGUGGCCGAGGACCGCGAGCGGCUCCGAGCGGCCGAAGUUGGGGCGAUCGAAGACCAAGGCCCUGACGCUCCUCCCUGUCGCGCGCUCCCCGCACCCUGACCCUUUCGGGCGAGAGGUUGAGGUUUCAAGCAGUCUCCUUCUCAGGAUUUAACGCCAGUGCCAGGAAUGCGCAGGGAGAGUUUGAGGGGGUUAGAUGGUGCCAGGCAGAGGCGCUGAGCUUUGACUCGUGUGGCCAAAAAAGGCGUCGCGGGCCCUCCCGGCAGCGGAGAAUCGGGGGCCCUAUCGCUUCCUUGCCGUCCGCCCCCAGACUUCAGAAGGAAACAAUGAAAAGUCUCAAGAGAUGGGGGCGCGGAGCCCCGCCCAGCCGCGAGGCAGUUGUCACCCGGAGCCAGCACCGGGGCGGGGGCGGGAGUGGGGGACUUUCCUGGCCUCCUCAGGCAGCAGGCGUGGAAAAGGGUGGGGGCGACCCCAGCCGAAGGAGCGGUCCGGGUUUUGGCCGGGUGGCUGCGCAGGGGGCGCAGGCUGUCUGCCCCGGUCCGAUCUGACCUUGCGGGGCACCCGGGGAGGCCGGGCUUGGCCUGGGUUCUAGAGUGGGGAUGCGUGAACGGUAUCAGAAAGGACGUGGGCUGGGCUGGUGCGUGAAGCUGAAGCCGGACCUAGCCCCGCAGUGGGGGCCGCCCCUCAGCGCUCCAGCUGGCAGCUCUGGAGGGCUGAGGGGCUCCUGGCUAGAAACUAUGAGACAGUGGGAAAUCACCCCCUUUGACCCAAAUGCCAUGUUUUGGGGUUUUCCCUUGCACCCUGGCCUUCCCCACCCUCGCCCUGUGAGGAAGCCGAGAGGCUUCUUCCUGCCGCACCUGCCGCUCCGGGAGGCUCAGCCUGUCCGUGCGGGCGAGGAGGCAGGGCCCAGGGAGUGCCGAAGUCGGUCACCUGGAGAGGGCGGGAUUUAGGGUCACACCAGGUGCAGGGUACUCCUUGCCUCUCCCUAUGCUGGGUGUGGGGUUUGCUGACCCAGGCGACUCAAGAGGGGCAGCAGGGUCUCCAGCUCUGCCCACUCCUCCUUAAUCCACUGGCCAUUUCUUACUCUAUCCUCCCCGUGGGACCCACCUGGCUGCUCUAGUGGCCUCUCCUGGGACUUCAGCAGGGCCCUGGAUUGACUGGAAGGCUCGCCACCCCAGCAGGGCUUCAAGGAUUCCCCCUCUGGAUGCUUCACUGCCUGACCCACUUGGGGCCUUCUCCGGGUCUUCAGCAGCCCACGCCCCUUCUGACAUUUCCAUAGCAGGUUUCCAGGGCUCUCAGAUCCACAAACCUAGGUCUGGGGGAUCCCUGAAUUUGAAGACAGGCAGGUGUGUUCAGACGUCGAAAUCCAGAUCUCACAGGCAUUGGGAUGGUCUGAAGCCAAUGUAAGCCCACCUCUGGACGGACAGGAUGGAUUUUGAGCCUGGUCUUGUUGAGAGGAAGGACCUGGCUCUGCAGAUGGAAUGGGGUGUGGGGGGCGGCAGUUUGGCUUUAGGGACCCAUAUAUGAAUUUUCUCCGCCCCCUCCCACCCUCCCUCAGCGCACAGUGAGUCAGGUUUCUGAGUUGUACACUUUCAUUUCCCCUGGGCUGGGUGGAGGCUGAUGUAGGAAGAGGAACUGAGCCACAGCCUUGGGGGCGGGGGGCUGGAGCCUUCCCACCCUGCCGGCUUUAUUCUUCACGGAUUGAGCUGGACACUGCUCUGAAGCCUGCAGAGGGACAUUCUGGCAGCUUGGAGGUGGCACAUAGCAGCCAUAACCCAAACAGGUACUGGGUGGGAAAUUUCAGGGGAAACUGAGGCUCUGUGAUACUAGGGCCAAGUAGACCAGCUCCACCCUUCCUUACUCGCUGACCAACAUAAUCUUCUGAGGACCAGGCAGUUUGAUUGCUCCCUUUUCCUGGGCUCAUACAAUAAAGGGCAAAGGGUAUGGGCAAGAGGAGGAAGGAAACUGCCCAGGAAUGGAGAGGGGCAGCAGAGGGGGGGGGGGGCUCCAGACUGAAGUUUCAGGUUCUGGAGAAUGGUGGGCAGGUGAAAGGGAGCAUGAAGUGUCUCAUUUGUCCUGCUGUCUUGACUUGAGUGAGGCAGGGACUGUGGCCUGGGGAAGGGGUCACUCUCCACGGGCAGCUAUACUCCUGCAGCUGUGUUACAAGCCCACAAACAUCAGGGGUUUCCUAAGUACUGAAAGAAACUGGCAUGGUGGCUCCUACCUGUAAUCCUACCACUGAGGGAGGAGGAUCUCCUUGAGUUUGAGCCUAAACUACACAGAAAGACCUUGACCCUAUCUCAAAAAAACAAAAAACAAAAAAACAUUUAAGUGCUGAAAGAAUGUGUCCAGUAGGAGGAGAAAGGGCAGGGACAAGAUGGCUUCAGGGAGCUAAGGCCUAAGCUUGGUGGCAACUGUCCUUUCUGGAGGUAGUUUAAGUGGGUUGAUGGGAUUUAUCUAAGGCAUGGUGGUGGGGGGGGCUGCACCCCUGAGGAAAACUGAGGAAAAACAGAAGCUUUCAGAACUGAAUUUGGACACCCUUCCUCCUUUCCCAUGUUCUGCUGUUGUCUCCUAGAAACUCGUGGUGAGAUUCUUGUUUAGAGGAGUUGUUGGGAUUCUCAGGGGAAGGUGAGAAAAACAGAGAGAGGAAAAGCUGAGCAGGGUUGGGAUGGGUCAGUCUGAUCCUAAGGCACGCUCACUGCACCUGUUAAUUCGCCUUGCAGCAAGGGAGGGAGGCUUCGGUCCCUUGGAGUCACUGUUGUGACCCCCCCCCCCCAGAGUGAGGUGAGGGCUAACCUGUGAGGGGAGGCAGCUGCAGGAAGUUCUUUGGCACAGGGCCAGCUGGUGCUGUUGGCAUCUGGGAAAAGGAUGCCCCAGCCUGGUACAGGGCAUCUGGAGUGGCUGUCCAAGCAUCCGCUAGUGCUGAGAUGUCUUCUUUCCUUCCCCUUUCUUCCCCUGCCCCCAACACCAAGCACGGACUCAGGGACCCUGUGACUUGGAAGCUGAGGGUAGGAAAGGAGAAGUGGUCUUGAACACCUGGGUGGGCCCACUGUCCCUGGGGCAGAGUGUUUAGCUGCUACUCUGGCUUUCCCUGCAGACCUCUUUGCCAUGAACCAACAGCCCCCUGGGGCUCCCUCUCAGCCCCGCCGCGUGCGGCUGAAGCCCUGGCUGGUGGCCCAGGUGAACAGCUGCCAGUACCCAGGGCUUCAGUGGGUCAAUGGAGAAAGGAAAUUAUUCUACAUCCCCUGGCGCCACGCCACGAGGCAUGGCCCCAGCCAGGAUGGAGACAACACCAUCUUCAAGGCCUGGGCCAAAGAGACAGGGAAGUACACUGAGGGGGUGGACGAGGCUGAUCCGGCCAAGUGGAAGGCCAACCUACGCUGUGCCCUCAACAAGAGCCGAGACUUCUGCCUCAUCUAUGACGGGCCCCGGGACAUGCCACCUCAGCCCUACAAGAUCUACGAGGUCUGCUCCAAUGGCCCUGCUCCCACAGAGUCCCAGCCUACUGAGGAUUACAAUGUGGUUCCAGAAGAGGAGAAGGAAGAGGAAGAAGAAGAAGAGCUUCAGAAGAUGUUACCAGAACUGAGACUCACAGAAGCAGUGCAGCCUGGUCCCUCCAUGGCACCCUAUUCUUUACCUAAAGAAGAUGUCAAGUGGCCACCUGUUCUCCCACCGCCUGUGGGGCCUGCCUUGGACCCCAACCUGCUGGUCCCUGCACCUGGUAACCCUGCGAGCUUCGGGCAGCAUCUCCCUGAGGUCCUGCCUAGUUCUGAGCCCCUGGCUCCCACCCUGCCCCCUGCAAGUGAACAGCUAUUGCCUGACCUGCUCAUCAGCCCCCACAUGCUGCCUCUGACUGACCUGGAGAUCAAGUUCCAGUACCGGGGACGGCCACCCCAAGCCCUCACCAUCAGCAACCCACAAGGCUGCCGGAUCUUCUACAGCCAACUGCAGGCCACCCAGGAGCAGGUGGAACUUUUUGGCCCCGUGAGCCUGGAGCAAGUUCGCUUCCCCAGCCCUGAAGACAUCCCCAGUGACAAGCAGCGCUUCUACACGAACCAGCUGCUGGAUGUCCUAGACCGUGGGCUCAUCCUCCAGCUGCAGGGCCAGGAUCUGUAUGCCAUCCGCCUGUGCCAGUGUAAGGUGUUCUGGAGUGGGCCCUGCGCCUCCACUCAGGGCUCGAGCCCUAACCCCAUUCAGCGGGAAGUCAAGACCAAGCUCUUCAGCCUGGAGCAGUUUCUCAAUGACCUCAUCCUGUUCCAGAAGGGGCGCACUGACACCCCACCACCCAUUGAGAUCUUCUUCUGCUUUGGGGAGGAAUGGCCUGACCGAAAACCCCGAGAGAAGAAGCUCAUUACUGUACAGGUGGUGCCUGUUGCAGCACGGUUACUUCUGGAGAUGUUCUCAGGAGAGUUUUCUUGGUCAGCUGACAGCAUCCGACUGCAGAUCUCAAACCCAGACCUCAAAGAUCGCAUGGUGGAGCAGUUUAAGGAGCUCCAUCACAUCUGGCAGGCCCAGCAGCAGUUGCAGCCUAUGGCCCAUGGCCCUCCUGUGGCAGGCUUGAGUGCUGGCCAAGGGCCCUGGCCCAUGCACCCCGUUGGCAUGCAAUAAUGGGGUGGGUAGUGGCUGUACAGACUGAUGAGGCAAUAUGGUAGCCCCAGCAGGCCUGGCUGGCUGCAGAGUCCAAUCUCUGGAUCUCCUUGAGGUGGGUUUAGGCCAAGGAAAAAGAAGAGGGCUAUGUGCCUGUUCCCCCUGCAGAGCUUUGCUUGCAGGGCUGGCUCCUUUGGCCUGCCUCUCCUGUGCUCCUUCCGCUGGCUCUGGAGAAACCCAGCCAGCAGUCUCCCUGAGCAGGGGAGGAAUGCCCCCACUGUAGGGCCUACAUAUACAGGGUGGAUUGCCCCAGGGUGGCCCACUCUUGUGGUUGCCCCAUUUCCUCUGGCAAAAAAGCCUGAGAAGUACUGUGGGGCAGGUCCCACUGCAGGGCCUCUGUAGGGCAUGGGCCUGAUUUGGAGGUCCCCUAGUUUGAGCCUCACUUCCCCAUCUUUCUCCCUCCUGAGAUGAAUAUAAGCCUUUAGACAUCACUUAAGGCUGGCAGCUACCUGCUGCCUUCUUCAGAGUUUAAGAAUCUGGCAGUAAAGAGUAGAUAUAUUUUUGGAUUAAAAAGUUAAAAAACA